AGCCUUCGCUUUCUGCAGCUUCGACCUCGUAAGCUUCUUUCCCCGGCCAUCCUCGGCGCGCCUCAAGUGUUUGUGAAAAUGCCUCCUUUACUCGCAACGCCGCCGACCUCCCGUCUCCACCUCCGGUAGAGACGUCGCCUCGAAGCGCGCGCGCGACUCGGGUCUUCGCCCCGGUUUGAUGAUCGCACUCCUGAUUCGCACCUCCGCCUCCAUCCUCUCGUCUUUUGUUGAUGAUGCUGUGCAAGAGGUACGGCUCUGCUGGGACUCUGAAGAACCUGUGGCGGUGUUCUGGUUUUCGGAGUCCGGUAUACCCAUCGUCGUGCCGCAGCCAAAACCCUCCUUGGGUGUACACUCAGGUUUGCUGCUACGUUGAUGUGUAUAUGAGAUGGAAAAAGGACUCUUACUAUGACUCGGUCGAGCAUAUCCACCACUCCAUCGAGCUUAACCGCGUAGUUUCCUUGAAAAACUGCAUAGCCCGAGGCCCCGAUGGCUGCAUUCCCAUCUCCGAUGUUUCGAAGAGAGGAUUAGAAUUCGGCAUACCCAUUAAGGUUGCGAGGUUCUUGAGGCUUUACCCAUCGGUUUUUGAGGAGUUUACUGGUCCCCAGUACAGUCUGCCUUGGUUUAGGCUAACCCCAGAAGCUGCUGAGAUUGAUAGAGAAGAACAGCGGGUGUGUGAAGAAUUUAAGGAGGAUCUGAGGAAUAGGCUGAGGAAGUUCAUACUCAUGAGUAAGAACAGAGUUCUGCCCUUGAAGAUCAUUCAAGGGAUGCAGUGGUAUUUGGGGUUGCCUGAUGCUUUUCUCCAUGACCCUGAAAAAAAUCUCGACGAAUCUUUUAGGGUCGUGGAUGUGGGAGAUGGCUUAAGGGGUUUAGCCGUUGAUUCUCAAGAGAGAGUCUUGUCUGUGUUGCAAAAGAAUGCCUUGAAGAGAGGAUUGGAUCCUGGGGAUUCGAUGGAGGCAAUUGAAUUCCCAUUUUUUCCUUCUAAAGGUGUAAGGAUGAGGAAAAAGAUUGAGGCUUGGUUAAUGGAGUUUCAGAAGACGCCUUAUGUUUCCCCUUAUGAUGAUUGCUCAAACUUGGAUCCAGAUAGCGACGUAGCAGAGAAACGAGUUGUGGGUGUUCUUCAUGAAUUACUUAGUCUCUUUGUGGAGCAUUCUGCUGAAAGGAAGAAACUUUUAUGCCUCAAGAAGUAUCUGGGUUUGCCGCAGAAAGUGCAUAAGGCGUUUGAGAGGCACCCUCAUGUCUUUUAUUUAUCUCUAAGGAACAAGACUUGUACAGCGAUAUUAAAAGAGGCUUACAACGACAAGCAUGCAAUCGAGAGACAUCCUAUGUUGAGAGUGAGGCAAAAGUACAUUAAGUUGAUGAAGCAGUCUGCUGUUAUUUUGAAGAAGCGACGGACAAACAACCGAGUUGUUAAAAGUAAAAAUGUGAAAGAUCUAGAUCUGGAUUAUGUGGAAGAGGUGGAACUGAAAUAGCUGGGUCUAACUUGUGAAUGAUCCUUGAUGGUGGAGAGCACUGAUGGAGCUCGAAAUGCAGUUAGAAAGCCAAGAAGCUGCAUCGUGGGUUUCUUAAGAUUAUGGAGAACAUUUAAAAGUAUCACAAUUGGAAGGACUGAUUUUUCUGUGAAUGAAGACAUAUAAGAGGUCAUUCCAAUGAUUUGUGCAUUAUUACAACAUCUAGAGUAACUAGACAGUAUCUUUUUUUUGUUGACUAUUCUUUGUUUAUUGUUUCUUGGGCCCGAAGAUUUCUUUGUCUACUAUUUCAAUGGAUUUGUGCUUAUAGUGUUGAACUUGCGAUGUAGUUAGGGUGAGUUCUGGAUCAUUCCCUCAACAGGUGCUUUUCUUUCUUUUCUCCUUAACACUCCCCAGACCUUGUUCACAUUGAGGUUUCCAUAUCAGCAUAAUUGUACUGAUAAAGGAGAAUCUGUCUGUUUUAUCUUGAAGUUAUUUUGUUGAGUUUCUGGGCAGAGGUGCAGUACGACUCAAUUUAUCCUGAAGGAGGUUAGUAUUUGUGCUUUUGCUUUUCAUUUCUAUAUAGCUAGUAACUACAUUAAUGUAACUGGGGUUGCCAAAAGAUGUUAUAAUGAUUAUAUUUUAAUUGCUGUUAGAACA